AUGUCCAAUAAUGAACGUUCUAGUGGCGCCUUGCCGUCUUUCGCGUUCGCCACGUUCGGACGGUUGAAGGACAAGGAUAAUGGGACUGGUCUAAAAGAGAGCCACUUCCAAUGUGUCGACUGCAAGCGCCAUAGAUGGUUCACUUGCCAGGGAAAAUUGCCAGACGGUCCAAAUGAAGACGUUUCAAAUCUGUGUCGCGGUUGUCAAGAUUAUGACCCCUCGGAGAAUAACGAGAACGUUGUUCAGUCUGGUCUUGCGAAGCGCUCACGGGCCACCGAGCCUGAGCUACCCCGGAAGAUGACGAAGAUCACAUUCCGCACAUCUCAAAUCACAGAUCAGGAGGUAGAGGAUAGUGGCUCUCAUGGCUCAAACACUGCGGUCGAAGACACUGCAGUCCAAGACACUGCGGUCGAAGAUCUUGUGCGAGAGGUAGAAGAUCGGGCGGCAGAGAUUCCUAGCUCUCAUACCCAGGCUACGGCAGUAGAAGAGCCGGAGCAGGAGGCGAACGAAGAAGAUGAUAGCGCUCUGGCAAUGUACAUCGACGAAGUCAACAAGCGUCACAAAGCCGCGGAGGACACGUGUCAACGAUACCUCGACAACAACGGCAAACUCGCCAUCAAGGUCAGCGACCUGCAGAAGGAGGUCAAGACGUUGCAAGGUGCCAAAGACAAACUCACUCAGGAGAAGAGUUUGGUCGACGAGGAGGUCAAGACGUUGCAAGGUGCCAAAGAAAAACUCAUCCAGGAGAAGAGUUUGGUCGACGAGCAGGUCAAACAGCUUCAACUCAGCUUGAGCGAGGUUGACGAGAGUCUCAAAAAGGCACAGGAGAAGAACAAGGAGUACCGCAAGCGCGAGAACCUUGCGAAGGACUUCAUCAAAAAGAGAAAUGCAUCCGAGCAGGCUUGGGAGAGUACCCACCAAGCUGAGGAACUCGACGGAUAG